UCUCUGCUCACACCCUCUCACCAGGCUGGUGAGGGCUCCCCGCCCAGGGGCCCCAAGUCUUUCACCGUCUGUGUUACCCUUUCCCCUGUACAUCCGGAGCUGCUUCCCCGGCCCCGGCUCCAGAGAGCUCAGACUUUCAAGUGGGGGUGGGGAGGUGGCUCUUGGGCGCUCCACAUGCAAGUGUCAUGUGUGACAAGAGUUAGGGGUGGAUGCGGUGAACCGUCAUUCUCAGGAACCAAAGAGAGUGGGUUUGCCCUGCCCACCCCCGCUGGAUCCCCGCUGCCCACCCACGGGGAUGGCCAGGCUGACGGCUCAGGACAGCCACCACCCCUGGCUUUCUCCAGCUGUGAACGGCUCCGCAGGGCAGGAGCCCCAGAGGCAGGUUCCGAAGGUGCUGGAUGGGGCCUGGGAACCGCCUCCAGGGGCCGGGCUGCCCCUGCUCACGGUCAUCGUUGCCGUCUUUGUCCUGCUGGCCGUCUGCAUCGUGGUGACAGUUCACUUUGGGCCAAGCUUACACAAAGGCCAUGUCUCUCUCGCCACAGAGCCACCGUCCCCAAAGCCGGAGGGCGGUAUCUACCUCGUCCACUGGCGAGUGCUGGGCCCUCAGGCCCGUCACGAAGACACCCAGCAGGGACCUCCUGUCCCUGGCUCCUGCCCUGGACCAGAUGGGCCUCGGUUCAGCAUUGAUGAAAUCACAUUUCUGUAGGCAAGAGACUGGAAAUUUAGCUGGACCUGGCUCAGAACAAGAACCUGGACAGAGAAUUAGGGUAAAGCAAAUUGGGGCCUGAGCCUCAGAGCUUCGAAAGCGCAUGCAUGGACUCAGCUGGAGCUGCCCUCUCUGCAGAAUAUUUAUAGAGCAUACUGAGAGCAGGAGAAUAAAAGAAGCUUGAGGGCCCUGCCCAGAAA